GCUUUAAAGGAAUUUGCUCUGGGGAAGGAGACAGCUGCUGCUCUGAUGAAGGAUUUUUCUGAGCAGGCCUCCCAAGCUAGAUAUGUCAGCGUGAGAUGCUGCCUACGUUUUUCAUUGUGACCAACAGGUUGUUAGACUGCAAUCAAAAGCAGUUGGUAGGAAUGGAGCUGUCCCUGUUAUGAGAUUUGAACUCCUGGCAUCUUUAUCCACUGGAACUUGAGUGCCCAGGACACAUCAGAGAGGGGAUUUUGAGAGCAUUUCACAAGCCCUGCAAGCUGUGAGCCGGUUUCAGCAUGAGGAAAAGCCCUCCAUCACCCCAAUGCACAGGAAAGAGAAGGCAGAUGACAGUAGCUGUCCUCCUUCAAUACUGAGGAAAAGGCAACCUGUGGACCAAGCUGUGGGGGAAAAGCGGAAAGUAGAGAGGAGGGUUCGAUUUCGUGAGCCAGAAGUCAUUGAACACGCCAUUUCCUGCUGUGACUACGUAGUGGUAGAUGACAGGUCAUCAUCUGGAUUGCCUGUGCUCCUGUGGCUCUCAUUUUGUGCAGUGCUGAUCCUUGCUGUGAGUCUCUGCUACACCAGCAUGAAGCAAGAUGUCAAAGUCCUGGAGGAAUUUCAAUCCCGACUUGUUAUCUUCUUUCUUCAUAUAAGACACGUUGCUCAGAGAUGUUGGACUUGGUUUGUGAAGCAGUAGCAAUGUCCUUCAGCCUGACACUGUUAAGCAUCAUGAGUCAGUGCAAAGCUCCCAGUUUACUCCAGCCACAUGCAAGGAACACAUGAUCAUCCACCUCAAAGAGCAAGAAAAUCACCCCUGUUGUGCAUCAUCCAGCAGCCACUUCUCCUUUUUUCUUCUUUCUUUGUUUUUCCACAUCAAUGAACAGUCAUUACUAGUGCCUUGAGUUCUCACCAAACUCAUGCUCCAUCACCCUGAACAGCAAACAAGUAUCUCAGUUUUGUCCCCCAUAUUUUAUGAACUGCUGGUAUGAGGAGCAAAAGUAGAGAGAGAAACAGAUUGAUCUGUGCAGGCAGCAGCAAGCUCUGAAGAAAAGUCUCCUGAGUCUCAGGUCAAGGCUUUAUAUAUCAAACCACCUUUCUCCUUAAGUCUCCUAAGAGCUAUCCUGCAAAAGUUAAAAUAAAGCAGAACUAUUGCACCAACACUUCUCUGGUGGCCAAAGGCUUGACAAGUUGCUAUAUUUAUACACCUGAAAUGUUUAUUAGUAAAAUCCCAGCAAAUGGCUUUCUCGUUUCCCUUCACGCAUUUUUUUUUUACUCCAUGGGCAAAAGCUGUUUCUUACUGAUUCACUUAACUCCCAGGAGUGAAAAACAACACAAAAACUCAUUUAAACAGAAAAUAGUUUAUUUGCCUAACAUAAAAAAUAGCAGCAUUGAAACUCAGGUUAAUCAUCAGAUCGGUAGUUUAAUCCUCUGGGUUUGAUUCAGUCCAUAAACUCUACGAGCUGACUUAAAAGAUUUAUGAUAAUGCUUGUAUUCAGCCAGAGCUUAUGCUUUUUAUGCCUUGGUAUUUAGGGCCUUAUAUCACAGCAAUAUGGACUGGCUAUGAAGGAGUGGGAGGCCAAGUCCCUUUACCCCUCCAUUGCCCCCCAUACUAUGCAGGUCUCUGAAGAGAAUCCUAUUAAUGGAGAUCAUGUGAAAUGGUGCUCUGGGUAUCUGAGAGGAGAGCAAAUUAGUGCAAGCUUGUGAGCUUCAAAGAAUCAGCACAAACAGCUUUUUAGGCCUUAGAUUCUUCACAAGUAGAACCUGAUACAUGCUUGGAGUUAUUUGGUAUGAUAAAAUUGACAUCAGAACCUGUAAAAGCUGAAGAAAAGGAAGCAGGAAAAAAAGGGGGAAAGAAAACACUGCAGAGAAGAUUAAGUGAUGCCUGCAAGACCUUGGCUGGAAUUCCCCUGCCAUGACAACCACCAAAAAGAAAAAAAUGGUGCUUUAUUUUUAAUAGAAUUUUUUGAGGGCCAUGCCUCUGCCCCAGCAAUCUUCUCCCAAGAAGCCCAAGGACUUUAACCAGGAGAUGAUAAACAGAAACACAAUAUGCAGCCUUCUCUCAAGAGGAGAGUAGACAGCAACUUGAUUGAGAACAAGUCAAAAAAAUUGCAGCCCAAGAGAGAAAGAAGUGAUUUCAGUGGCUGUUCUCAUGCUCCUCCUAAACUGUCAAAGCCACAGCCAUUGCAUUUGACACGUGCCGGUGUGGGAAGCAGAGGUUGCUGCAGGAGUAUUUGGCUCAGGGGCUCUGUGUGCAAACCACUCAGGUACCCCAGCUCAGAGGGUAAGUUUCACCACUGCUUCCCUCCCCUCUCCACUGUCUCAGCCCCGCUCUUUAGGUAAUAAAAAAG